AAGCCGGCAACUCCUGCUGGAGUCAAUUAGGCCAUCUCAAUCUCUGUUUCUUAAUUUGACGUUGAAGUAAUUGUCUUAAUUCCCAUGAAUUUUCCUUGAGCAUAACUGCUACUGCAUACUGUGUCAAUGUCUGUGCCAAAGCUGCUUGCAAUUUUUUGAUGAGAUGUUUGCAUCUUGACGUUAAAGGAAUUUUAGUUGAUUGGGAAUCUGUAAGCUGGGAUUGUAUCCUCAGAGAUGGCAGGAAGCUAUGGGUUUGCAAUGGACCAAAAGGAUAUCGUGAGGUUAUUGAUUACCACGGUGGGAAGUUUCAUACAAGAUCGCUUGGUCAGUAAAGAGCAAAGAACCCAGCACAAAGAACAGUGUGCUGAGAGAUUAGCAGCUGAAGAUGGGAGCUGUGAUAAAGAUACCGAGGUUCUAUGCUCUGAUCAAGCAGUAUUAGCAAAUUUGGAUUGGGGUAUUGAAGCCCUUGAAGAAGCCAUCGACACCUCCAACACGGAGACUAAGCUGGCACGAUUAGAUCAUGCAGAGAAGAUGCUGCAAGUUUGUGCCAUGUUGAACUCUUACCAAAGAACAGCUGGAGUCCCCAAUUUCUAUCUCUCUGCUUGGGCCCACCUCCACCUUUCGUAUCUAUGGAAAUUGCGUAACAAUACUGAGAAUUCUGUUCUUCAUGUCCUUGAGAUGUUUAUUGUUGAUCCCUUCUUCUCAAGAAUUGAUUUUGCACCUGAACUCUGGAAAGAUCUUUUUCUUCCGCAUACGAGUUCUAUUGUUGGAUGGUAUUCCGAGGCUAGACAGAGGCUUACGAUGGAAAUAAUUCCCGAUUCUUCAGAUUUGUCAUUUACUGCUAACUUGGAUCUGUUCUUCAAUGAGUCUUUGAUAUAUUCAAUGAGGCCGGAUCAGGUGGAAAAAUUACAGAAGCUUGAGGAGCUUUACAGAGAAUCCUUAGACGAGAAUACACGGCUUUUUGCUAAAUACUAUAAGGAUUGCAUGAAUACGGAUUCAACAGCAAGAAAGAAGAUGGUUCCAAUGCUUCCAAUAGCAGAGCCUCCAGUGACUCCUCUGCAUGAGGUUAGCCGGUCUAUUCCUGACUACGUGAAAUUUGGUCCCAUCUUGCCUCAUAGUGCUGGUUUCUCUCCAGUUCUUAGAUAUAAACAUGCUGCGAGAGCAGAAAGCAGAUUGGGCAUAAUCUCGAGCCUCUCACCUAAUUUAGAGGAGUCGUCUACUACGUGUGAUCCUCCUCGAGAAGGCAAGCCUGAGGACAGAGAAAAUGAUUCUGAUUGCGAGCCGAGUGAUACUUAUUUUGAUUCUGAAGAUAAAAAUCACAAGUUAACAAUGCUUCCCAGCAUAAAAUCAACCGAAAAUAAGGACAUUGGAGUGAGCAAACGGCCAUCUAAAGCAAAGAGCCCAGAGCAUUCUCCCAAAAUAUGCUCUCCUAUGGAUUCCCCAAGAAUUUCACCAAAGAUCAUUUCUCCUAAUUCAGUUGUCCAGUCUAAAAGAGAACCCAAAAAACUAUUACGGAUUCUUUCAUGCCGGGCUAUGGAUUCUGCUAUUGCUACCUCUUUACCUGAUUCUCCAUGCAUGAGCAAGGAACACGGCAGUAGCUCACCAGACUCGGAUGGUGAAGUGAUAGGUCUGCUGAGAAAUGUCAGGAAGAACCGUGAUCGAACAAGGAGAAUGAGUUGUGACAACGUGAGCGGCCAAAUAUUCGAGAAUAACUCUCUAAUUCAGAGUGAUGAAGGAAGAGAGAGCUGCAUUUCACUGCCUACAUCUGAGAAGUUGACUCCCCGUUCAAGACCACGAAAAGAUUUUGUUUGCCCUAUCACAGGAAAGCUUUUGAAUGACCCAGUUACCCUUGAAACCGGAGAGACCUAUGAGAGAGAAGCAAUUCAAGAAUGGAUAAAAAGAGGAAACACAACAUGCCCUAUUACCCGCCAACCUCUCUCCGCAGAUUCACUGCCCAAAACAAAUUAUGUUUUGAAGAGACUAAUAACAUAUUGGAAAGAGCAGCAUCCUGAGUUUGCUCAGGAAUUUUCGUACUCUGAAACACCAAGGAACUCAUCCACAAGAGAGACUUCUUCGGUGUCUAAUCCUAGAAGAACAUUUUAUUCUUACAGUCGUAACAGCACAGAAAGUCACACGCAGCAGAGGAGCAGAAGAUUUGUCCGAACAGCAGUAUCCACAUCACCAACCAUUGUAAUUUCUCAAGCUACAAUUGAAACAAUCGUCAAUGGGUUAAAACCUUAUAUUUCAUGUCUCUGUACUUCAGAAAACUUAGAAGAGAGAGAAGCAGCCGUUUCAGCAGUAGCCAAAUUGUGGAAGGACUCAAAGGGCGAUCCUGCAGUUCGUACAUUUUUAUCUAGGCCAACGUUUGUAAAUGGGAUUGUAGAAAUACUAUCAGCUUCUGUAAACAGAGAUGCUAUUAAAACUUCAAUUUACAUUCUCUCUGAGCUAAUGUUUUUGGAUGAAAUUGUUGGAGAGAUUCUUACCAGUGUAGAUUAUGAUUUUGAUUGCCUGGCCGUUUUGUUAAAAAAUGGGCUUGCUGAGGCUGCUGUUCUGAUAUACCAACUGAGGCCAGCAUUUGGUCAGCUUUCGGCUCACAACUUUAUACCCUCACUUGUCCAGUUAAUCCAGAGUAAAAGUGAAGAUUCGGAUGAUCUUCACUUUGCAAUAGAGCCCAAGGAUGCUGCUAUAGCAGUGCUUGAACAGAUACUUACUGGUGGGGAUGAAAACAGCCGGUCAGUCAGUGCUUUUGCUGUUAUUCGUGCAAAUGGAAUUCCAGCUCUGGUCAAGUGUUUGGAUAGAGUAGAAGGAAGGAGGUCAAUUGUUUCAAUACUUCUCUGUUGCAUGCGUGCUGAUAGAAGUUACCGGAACUUUAUAGCAAGUACAGUCGAACCAUCUCCUGUGCUUGAAUUAUUUCUUUCAGGAAAUGAUAAUGUGCGAGGCUUAUGCAUUGACUUCCUGUCUGAGCUAGUUCACUUAAGCAGGAGGACAACCUGUAACCAGAUCUUGCAGAUAAUUAAAGAAGAAGGAGCAUUUAGUACCAUGCACACCUUUCUUGUUUAUCUCCAGAUGGCUCCCAUGAAGCACAAACCUUCCCUUGCCACUCUUCUUCUUCAGCUUGAUCUCCUGGCUGAGCCACGAAAGAUGAGCAUUUACAGGGAAGAAGCUGUAGAGGCGUUAAUUGAAGCACUUUACAGAAAGGAAUUCUCUAAUUCUCAAAUGAUGGCUCUGGAUGCUUUAGGAUCUCUUUCUGCACGGAGGACAUCAUCUGGGGAUCCUUACAUGGAAGCCUGGUUACUGAAGAUUGCAGGGUUUGACCAACCUUACAAUGCUUUGAUGAAGGCAGAGAAGCUGACGAAGAAUGAAAAUGAUUUAGCAGAAACAAAUUUAGCCGAAUCAAUGGAAGAUGAAGAGAGAGCAGAAAGUUCUUGGGAGAAAAGAGUAGCUUUUGUCCUUUGCAAUCAUGAAAAGGGCUCUAUCUUUAAAGCUUUAGAGGAAUGCUUCAAGAGUAAUUCCUUAGAGAUGGCAAAGUCAUGCCUUGUGAUUUCCACGUGGCUCAUAUACAUGCUUUCAGUUCUUCCUGACACUGGUGUAAAAAGUGCUGCUGGUAAAUCCUUGCUUGAGGAAUUAAUAAAUGUCCUUCAAGCAUCUAGAAAUAUGGAAGACAAGAUUUUGUCAACCCUUGCAUUAAGGACUUUCGUAAGCGACCCAGCUGCACUUGAAGCGCUUGGGAAGCAUGCUAAAUACAUCUACAGAACCUUGAGAAAACUUAAGAGAAGUUCACCAGUGGUCACUGAUGUACUGAAAUCUUUAAUGAAAAUGUCUUCUGUCAAUGCAACAGAGUUGUGGAAUUGUACCGAAGUGGUUGAGGUAGAUUCAUGUGUCAAUGGCAAAUUGCUGUCUUUGCUUCAUUUGGAAGGUCGUGUUAUUAGCAGCCAUUCCGACGGAACCAUAAAGGUUUGGGAUGCUGGAAAGAGGGUUCUAAGGUUAGUUCAAGAAGUUCGUGAACAUACAAAAGCUGUCACAUGCCUGUAUAUUCCAUCUUCACGAGACAAAUUGUACAGUGGUUCCUUGGACAAAACAAUUCGGGUUUGGGCAAUCAAACCGGAAGAAAUUCGUUGUAUUCAGGUUCACGACGUGAAAGAGGCAGUUUUCGAGCUGGCAGCUAAUGAUAAAGUUGCAUGCUUUGUUUCUCAAGGACCAGGAGUUAAGGUGUACAGCUGGUCAGAUGUUCCAAAGCACAUAAACUUCAACAGAACUAAAUAG